AUAUUCAUUAAAACUUUAUUUUUUUAGGAUUUUAAAUAACUUUUUAUAUUAUUUAAUGAAAGUCACACUGAGGAAAGUAAAAAUUAUUACAGAAUUAUUAUGAAAUUCUUGGGAGGACUUCCAGUGCUAUGCAAAUUUUAAGGCGGGGCUAUAGCCCCAGCAGGCCCUGCCCUAUAGCGGCACUACUGUAUAUUAGGCUGGAGGACAGCUGGAACAGAACACUGAAAACACGAUAGGUGAGUAGAACACUAUUAGUACACUAUUAUCCAAAUUGAUGUACUGUUAUUAUUAAAAGUGUAACCAUUGUUGCAUGUGCAUUACUACUAUCAAACAAAACCCUCCCUGCAACGUCCUGGAAGGGUUUGUUAAGGCUAAAAAACAAGUCAUUAGGCAAAAGAAACCUUAAUUAGUGAUCAAAUUGCAUAUAAAAUUGUACUAAGAAACGUUAUCUGAUUACUGAGAAAUAUAAUACAAAAGGAGAGUCCUUACAGUCGGAUGCUUCGCCAGUGAACGUUCAUUAAAAAACAUGGCUAAUACCACAGAAAUCUCUGGAGAGCUGAUAAAGGCUGAGUUAGAGACUGUCGAUGACGACUCUAUAUUUAGAGCAGAUUUCAUUCAGGAGCUUCUUCCAUCUGCGGAGCGAACGGCUCUCCUUUAUCACCUGACUUUCCUGAGUCUGGGAGGAUUCCCAAAGCUGGAGCGUCUGAUCAGAGAUCAAGCUAUUGAAACACAACUGCUGUUCGGAUCCUCUGAAGCCCUUCUGCUGAAGUGUGUCGGCACGUGUUCCAACCUGGUCACCUCCCUGUUUCCAAUAUUGAAAAAAGCUGUCGAGAAGAACAAACCCAAUUUGGCGGUGAUUUACCUGAUGAAAGCCAAAGAUUGGAUCACUGACAUCGUAGCAGAAGUGGAUGACAUUGUGAAGAGGUAUGAUAAACACAACCAAAGUGUGAAGGCGGGCACCAGUGACGUGUAUCAAGAACAAGCAGACACCAAAGAAAAAAAAGCGAAGAAAUCUGACGAGAUGAAGGGUCUGGAGGAUGCUCUGGCCAAGCUCGAGGGGGAACUGAAAAGAGUAGUCGAGAACAUAAAGAUGAAUGAGGAACAAAUUAAAAAAACAACUAAAGAGCUGAACGACUUCCUCAGAAGAUUUCAGGAAGAACAUGGCCACUGGACUGUGAAGUUCCUUGACUUUUUUAGAGGCUAUCCAGAUGCUAUGAAGGAGCCUAGUGCCAUCGCUCUGAAUAUAACACUGAAACAACUCGACCCUGAGAAGAGCCGUCUGCGAAAUGAAGAGUGGAACAUCAAAACCAAGCAGCUUGAUCUUCAGCUGCAGCUGGCCAAUUGUAAAAUCCGAAUGGGUGAGAUUCCCAACCCUGACAACCUGAUCGAAGUCCAGCUGUGUCUUUCUCAAAUCCAACAAAUUCUGAUCGAUCUUAAAAAGUUUUGGGAGAAGGUGGAUGCAAUUCUGCACACGCUGAGAGAUAAAACCUUUGCUGGUGCGGAACUAGUUGGGAUGGAGGACAUGAAGGAUGAGUUUAUAAUGUCCAUUGAAGAUGCAGCAAAGUACUGGAAGAGAUUUGGUAUAUGCUGUCAGAGAGCUCAAGGCGUCUUCAGCGUUCAGUCUAGAGAUGCAUAUAAAUUCCUGGAGGUCAAUCCGUCUUCACUCUCUGAGGAGGAGAGGAAAAGGCAGUAUGUGUCUAUCACGGAGAAGCUGAAGAAAAUCAAUCCAGAUCCGCCAGCACUGUGUAACACCCAGAAGUGAUGCUUCCUGAAAGCUGCUUACACAAAUCAAUGCAUACAGCUUCUCUUGUUAUUUUCAUAAUGCUUUAUAAUCUUUACAACUGCUCUUGAACACAUAUACAUGUUCUUUAAUAAGUUGACGUUAGGAAUGUUAUUUAGAUCAGUUUAUGGCUAUCUCUUUCAAAAUCGCUUUGCAUUUUUAUUAUGCUAUACGGAUCUUGCGGUCUGGUCACAUGAUUAAUGUCUGUGUCACACAAUAAAGAAAAAAGACAUUAAACAUUUCAUUGUAGCCAAAUCCUUAAAAAAGCCAUUUCUAAUGCUUCGGUGUACAAUACAUCAGGGAUCAUUACAGUUCUGCUUCCAUCCAUAAAUCAUGUUAAUAGCAGAGACAAUAUAUGUUGAUAUCUUCUCCAGAACACAAAAGAAAACGAAAAUGCAUUAGGAAUUGUGGAAUUAUUUUUAACUGUAAUGCAAUAUAAACACAACCCUUGUCUAAAAGAAUUUAAUACAUUUAGUGUUAAUCGGAAAGUUAAAGCCAUUUUGUAAUAAACCAAGAAUUAUUUGGAGAUGCAGUGAAAGUACAUUUGAAGUACUGUAUUAUGUAGCUCACAUGCUAUACUAAUUAGGCUCUGUGGUGUUAUGAACCAAUUAGUGUUGAAGACGCCGCAAAUGAUGGUUUAUAAAAAAUAGUAAAAAAAAAAAAAAGUAAAAUAAUUUGAAUGCAAAUCUAGGAGCAUGAAGGUUGUGUAUUGUCUAUCAGCCAAUGAGAUUAAGAAAUGCAACUGAAUGCUUGUGUACUUGUGUGUGUGUGUGUGUGUGUGUGUGUGUGUGUAAAUUUUGCAGUGGUAAAUUCAUUAUUUUAAGAGUUUAACCUUAAAUAAUUUACCAGUUUAACAGUAUUUGCUCUCUAUCAUCCAGUUCCAGCUCCAAGUUACCUAGAAUAGAUUAUUAGUAUUAUAUAUUAAUAUUACAAUUAUUAAUUCUGCAAUACCUGUGCCAGCUUCAAUUAUAUUGUAUCAAGAUUUAUGCUUGAUAGUGAACUGUUCCAAACUCACAAAUACUGUAAUAAAGAUAAGACAAAACAUUAAAUUACAAAAAUAUCAUACUAUAUUAUUAUAAUUUAUUAUUACGAUUACUAAUUUGCAUCUACUCCUAUUUAUGUAUUUGUUUUUGGGUUUGAAGAAAGGCACAAUUAACAAAUAAUGUGAUUUAUUAAUACUGUAUGUUUAUGGGUCAUUAUUCUAUUCGAAAUGUUAAUCACUACCUAUUUAUUUUGCAUUUAAAAUUUUACAUUCCUGACAGGUUAAGAAAAACUUUUACACCUCUGCUUUAUAUGAGACAUUAAUUUUUACUGUUUUUAUUCAUCAAUUUAAAAAAUGCAUAGGUACGCUAUACAAAAUACUUAACUGAUGGUUAAUUCGGAGAGGAGCACAAACCUUAAUGACUGGCGAAUCA